CCGACACACCUUUCAAAAUAUUUUUUUAAAGAUAAUUCGAAAAUGUUAACGAAAGAUAAUGUUAAGUUUAAGUAAAAGCAAUGAAUGUUAAAUAAAAAUAUCUUAACAUUGAGAAAUGAGAAGACUGUUAUGUUUAAGUAAAAAAAAGAGGGUUAUGUUAAUUCUACAAUAGAAAUGGAUUACGAGGAAUAUGAAUAUCAAGCAUUUCGGCAUGAAGUCGACCUGCAUAAUCGUUGCUGUGCAGGUCGAUUGUGGUGUAUUCGUGAUAUAUGUGGUAUAAUUUGUGUAAUAUUAACAUGGUUCCUUAUUAUGUAUGCAGAGUUUGUUGUUAUGUGUGUAAUGCUUUUACCGAGCCCAUAUCCCAUUUAUAGCAUCGUUAAUAUGAUCAUUUUUAAUAUGGGCUCAUUCUUGGCGAUUGCUUCACAUAUACGUACCAUGUGUACAGAUCCGGGGGCUGUACCGAAAGGCAAUGCUACAAAAGAUAUGAUUCAACAAAUGGGCUUUAAGAAGGGUCAAGUGAUAUUUAAAUGUCAGAAAUGUUGUAGUAUCAAACCGGAAAGAGCUCAUCAUUGCUCAGUUUGCCAGCGUUGUAUACGUAAAAUGGACCAUCACUGUCCUUGGGUGAAUAAUUGUGUGGGCGAAAACAAUCAAAAAUAUUUCGUUCUUUUCACGUUUUACAUUGCAACAAUAUCAAUUCAUGCAUUAUUUUUAUCCGUAAAUCAAUUUAUCAUGUGCAUCAAACAUGAAUGGAAAGAAUGUACAACAUAUUCACCACCUGCAACAGUUGUGUUACUCUUAUUUUUGGUAUUUGAAGCAUUAUUAUUUGCAAUAUUCACAGCAGUAAUGUUAGGUACACAAUUACAAGCAAUAUGGAAUGAUGAAACUGGUAUUGAACAAUUAAAAAAAGAGGAAGCAAGAUGGGUGAAAAAAUCACGUUGGAAAAGUAUACAAUCUGUAUUUGGUCGUUUUUCACUAGGAUGGUUUUCACCAUUUACGCGACCAUCACCUAAAACUAAACUUGAAAGUUAUUUGUAUUCGGUGUAAAAAAACAAACUUUUUUUAAAUCUUUUUUAAUUUGUACUUUAAAAAAUAUUUUCAAAAUGGUUCUAAAAAUAAUUUUACUACUUUUUAAAAAUAUUCGAAUUUUAAUAAACUUAAAAUAUUAUAGCUAAAUCAAGAAUAAAAAAAGGCUUUAAGAGUGAAAACAUUAAUUAAACCCACCAAAGUGUACACGUAUUAAUUGGAUAUCUACGUUUGAUUCUGGGCUAUAACUAUUUUAAAAUAAUCAUGAAUUCAACGUUGCAUUUUAUUAAAUACAUUAGAACAGACUGGUAUCAUUCAAUCGUGUUAAAUCGGUAUCUAGCCCAGAAAAGAAGCAGUCAGUGUACCAAAUUGUUGGAAUUCUUUCAUACAAGAGAAGUUUUACUCCAGUUUACUUUGUAAAGUAAAGAAUUGUCGUUUUUAUGGCUUAUAAUCGAGGAAAUAAAACAUUUGACUGAGGAAUCAACUCCGCUCCAUUAAAUUUUUAUAGGAACCGGUGGAAAAUAUGUAUCUGAGUGUAGGUGUACUCAACAAAAUCAUAAUAUUGCGAACUGAAGUUGGAAAGAAAUUUCCUAUUUCCGGACACCGCAUCCUUUUGUUUUAAUAUUUAAAAAAAAAAACUAUUGGAUUUUAUAUUUUGGACGAUUAUAAGCAUUUUUGAUCCUUGAAAAAUGCCAUCUAUGAUUUUAUUUUCUCGAUUAUUCAUUGUCGUUGGAACGAAUCCCUACAAUUUAAUAUGCGUGGUGCAUAAGACACCUUAAUAGGACACGAAUUUGGAUUUAUAAGAUAAAAAAUAUUAUUUCCUGUCACAAAAUAUCCUCCUAUGUGUACAAGGGAAAAUGAUUUUUAAGAAUCUAGAAAUUAUUUGUAUCUAUAUAAGAUGACUUCUUUCAUUAAAACUUUUUCUAAAACUAACCGAUAUGCUUCUUUUUAUUCUUGAGACAGUUCUAAUAUUCUAUGGUAAUAAAUGUUUAUAAAAUAGUAUUGUACAUUAACUUUUAUGUGUAAUUUUUAAAAGACAGUAAAUUUACUUACGUGUGCUAAAAUGUGUAAAAAAUUUAUCUUAAAUUCUUUAUAUACGGUGGAACGAUGUGAAUUUGAUUGGAUCCAUUAUUAGUAUUUUGCAUUUGAAAUUCUAUUUCAAAUUUUGCAUUUUCAAUAUUUCUUUAUUUCAAAGUAUCUGAUAUCGUAAUGAAUAAGUUCAAAUAAAUGAAAAUCAAAAUACUUUACAAGUAAUUUGGAACGAGUAUAAUGGCUGUGAAUUUUAGAAAAAGAAACUGUUCUUACGAUUUGAAGGAAGCCAUUUAUUGGAUAACUUGUUGGAGAAUAGUAAAUCUUAUGAAUUGUUGAAAAAAUAUAGAUUAUAUCUUUAAGCCUCAACAUUUUUACGAAAAUAAAAGGACUCACAUUUCGUACUCCUCUCUUGAUUCAACUUUUUUCUUUACGACAUGAUUUUUAAACGAUGUUUAAUUGGAGUAAUACCAACGAUUCCACUGUAUAUUAAAAAUCAAAGUUUGUACAAUAAAUCUUUCUCACGUUUCUUUAUGCCUUUGAAUGUACUAAAUUUUGUAAAAUCUCUCAUAGUUUAGUGUGAUCUUAUUAUUCAUUAUUCAUUUCAUCGUUAGGUUUAAUAUUAUAUACUUUUUUUUUAGAUAAAUGGUUUCAUACCAUAUUCGUUAAAGGACUGAUUGCUUAUCGUUGUUUUCGUUUAUUUAAAUAUUUUAAAAUUUUUAAGUGUGCAAUUACCAUAUUCACUAUGAUCCAGUAUGAGUUACGUCGGACUAAAUCUAAUUAGGUGGAUCUUAAUAUCCAACGAAGAUCAAAAUGGGUCAUUGUGUAUAGGAUCAUACCCUUUUGCAAUUUUACACUACUUCUUUAUAUUCCACUACUUAAUAUAUAGAACGUCUCGUAAUGAUUGGAUUCGAAGCAAGAGAUGAAUUUUUUUAAAGCUACAACUACUUAUGCAAUUAUUUAUAUAAAUUCAUCACAUCUCCUUUAUUCUCUACAUCACUGUAUUGCCCGGCUACGGUCAUUACGGGACCCCUUUUAUAAUGAACUGACCCACAAAAUAAAUUUUAAUUUUAAUUAAAUAUCGUUUUGUGAUUUAUAAAUAAACUUGUGGGUAAGCACUAUAAUAUUUUUGUACAGCUAUUGUAAGACCUGACAUUUUUAUGUUGUGUUUUUAAUUAUUAGGUGA